UUUGUGGCACGGAGCAUCUUUGCAGAAAACUGCAGGCUGCCUGCAUUUAUCCGCUCUGCUUUGAUCGCAGCGAUGUCACGCUUUCACAGAUGAUGGGGGGGGCAUUUUAUCUCAUAUUACUGUCAGUCAGUGUAAUGACUGACAGACUCGUGCGCAGAACUGGACCCUAACAUGAGUAGCAGGAGAGAGGGAGAUACGUUAACUGAGGAAGAGGAGGAGGAGGAGGAGAGAGAGAGAGAGCACCGGGGAGAAAGCCAAAGAGACAUAAGGAGAGAAGGAGCUUCCUUUGCAGUUGCAUCCAGACACCUGACAGGUGAGAGCUCAGAACUGCAUACCCUGGCUCAUCAAUUUGCAGAUGCCGACAGAUGUGCCCGAACACAGACUCAGCGCCGAGGAGACUGCACACAAGUGUGACAGUAUGACUCUGUCCAGCACCCCGACCGUCCGCAGAGGAAGCACUCCUCUGCCGCUGAAGCACCAGCUCCGGCGAGAAGAAGCCGUCCACGAGGAUGUAGAAUGGACCUCAGGUGCAGCUGGACCCUCAGCUUCUCCAAACAGCUUCAACUCUGCCUUGGAUGACAUUCCAACUGUGGCUCUGGAGGGCCGGCCUGAUGGGCCGCUAAGGAUUGCCUUGCUGGGGCAGAAUGGCGUGGGGAAGUCUUCUCUGGCCAUCGCCCUCGCCGGUGACCUGGACCGAACUGCUUCUGUUGAUUCUGAGGGGGAGGGUUAUGUGCGCACAGUCACAGUGGAUGAUGAGGAGAGCACCAUCAUUAUCUAUGACAACUGGAGACAGGACCUGUCAGCCCUGCAGUGUGAGGUAUGUGUCCUGGUGUUUUCGGUGACUGACAGGCGCAGUUUCCACCGAACCGCUCAACUCCGUCUCCUCCUGAGAGAGACCCAACCCCACACUCCCAUAAUCCUCGUUGGCAAUAAAAGUGACCUUGUCCGCACACGUGAGGUCACCUGUCAAGAGGCCAUGUCCAGUGCUGCUCUUUUCAAUGGUCUCUAUGUGGAGAUCUCCGCCUCCCUGGACCACCGCACACUAGAGCUCCUGGAGUGUGCCGUGCGACUAGCAAGAGGCCAGUCCCCGUGGCCCCCGGGUGCCAGUGCAGAAGACAUGAGCGGCGGUCAACGAGAGAGCAUCACUUCGCGGGCCAAACGUUUCCUGUCCAACCUGAUGCCGCGGUACCCGCGGGAGCGAGAAGUGGGAAAGUUCCUGAGACAAAAGUCCAGAUCCUGCCAUGACCUGGGGGCGUUGUGAUCGAGGAAGCAACAGUUUGAUAGUUAGCAGAGAAAACUCAAAGUUUGCCAUUGGUGAGGAGGAAAGAGUGACACAACACUUAGUGGACAGAGAGAGGUGGAUGUGAGUGACAGAGGUGGUGUGAAGGUGCUGGAGUAAUAACAGGGUGUCAGUACUCUAUGUUGUGAGAGAUUGUCAUGCACAGUGGAGAGGAGGAAGACGAGCAGUAGAAAAAGUCAGUAAUGAUAUUUCUUUGAAUGACAAGACUGCAUUUUUGUUACCAGGCCAACCAUAGCAGAGUAAGUACUGAUUUAGAAAACAUGUAAAUAAAAUAAGCUGUAGAAGUGACAUUUAACUGCCACCCUCAUAGUUUUGAGAGCUAAAUAAAUGGCUUUUUGAGUCUCAA